CACUUCUGAGGUAUAAUAUGUGGAUAUAUUUUUAGCUGCCACCUUUCUUAUUUUACUUGUGCGUAAUGGCUAGUGGCGAUAGAAAGCGCCAACUCGGGAAGGCGUCUAGCAGCAGCAGUCGCGGACAGUCGCGCUUCGUGCCGGCGCCGCGGAGGCACCCCGUGCCGCCCCGACUGGCGCGCGCCGGCCUGCCGCACGAGCUGCAUAGGGACAGCACUCUGCUCAGAGCCAACACCAGUUAUUAUCCUGAAGGAGAAAGCGAAGGCGGAUGCAGCGAGUUUCCGCCGCUCAUGCUGCGUAAGUCCUGGACACGCGGAGUGCCCUACAGGGAUAGCUUUGAUCAUGCCAGGCCCUCAGAUUCUACAGGCAAUUGCUACACGCCGGCGACGAAGACGAUGCGCACGGUGCACAUGCCGCCGAAGAGACGGCCGCCGCCGCAGCUUUACGGACCCAUCGGCCCCAACGGCGAGCUGCAGUUUCCGCCGCUCAAGCCAUGGGCCGAAAGGGAGAAGGAGAGAUUGGACGCCAUCAAGAAGGAACAGGACAAGAAGAAGCUGCCCAAAGGGCUCGUGUUGUUAGAAGAUUUGGUAUCAGGAGCGUAUGAGCGACGAAAGGCUGCAGCUGCAGAAGCAAAAAGGAAAAGAAUAGAAAAGAAGCGACAAGAGAAGUUAGCCGCUGAGGAGGCGGCCAAGGAGGCGCUGAAGAAGCAUCUAGCUAAGCUGUCGUUUGAAGUGCCGCGGGACCCUGACGACCAGAAGUUGGAGCUUCUGACGGUCACCGAGGCGGAGCAUUACAGAUACAUUCACCCUAAUGAUUUGGAGAGGAUUCAGUACUACAUGACUACGUCGUUGACGAACAGACACCUACCGGAUUUCCCGGUACAGCUGUACCGGCGCGCAAAACAGCAGGUGGACAAACAGACGGCAGCCAUCAAGCGCCGCCUCAUGAUCCUUACGUACCAGGCCUGUGUGCGCCAGAGCGAGGCAGAGAUACGGGAAUCCUUUGUUGAAGCUAUGAAGAGAUGCAUCUUGACAUAUGUUUUGGAAGAUCCUUGCGAGCGCGGCCGGCUAAGCAUCGCGCAUGUGCCCUCGCUGUGGCCCGCGCUCGUCGUGCACGGCCCCAUGCCCUGGCACUCCGCCGCCGUGCGCUCUAAACAGGCGCUGUUUUACCGCCACUAUCACGGGAACCCAGUGCUGUUGGAGCUGCGACGAAUUUGGCAGCAGAGGUAA